UAUCAGAUGAAAUCUGAUGUAACAGGUAUGUUAAUCUUCUUAUUUUAAGUGCCAGCAAUACCUAUAUGUAAAACAUAGGAGAUAUCUUAAAAUAAUAAUAUAAGAUCAGGUCAUUGGACGACUGAAGAACACUAACUCUACCUUGAUUUUCUUUAUCAGUCUUAAGAUUUGAUCGAAUCAUCUCAAAAUAACAAAGGAUAAAGAUUAUUCAAAAAAAUGAGUUAAAUAAUUGUUACUAGAAGUCCAAGUUAAUGCAGGUAUGAUUUUUAAAAACCUAUAUCAACAACAGAUCACACCACCAAAAAUUCAAUCCAUUUAAUGCUUAAACGAUUACAAGAAAAAAAAUCAAUAAAUUAUCUAAGCCAAACAAAGAAUUGCCACCUUAAAUAAGAAGCAAACAAUAUUUCAGAAAAUUUUUUGCCUCUAUUAAAGAUCAUAGUUCCGAAUCUAUGUCAGAAGAGGAGCUUAAUCAUAAUAUUUAAUGAACAAAUAGAAUAAAUUGAAUAAAAUAUGCAUAACAUCC